CGAACUGUAUAACCGAAAUUGAAUGAUCAAAAUCGGAAAUCAGAUUUGAGAAAACGAUGAUGGAAGAAACCCUAGACGAUUGUGCCAAAUCAUUUACAGCUAUAUACAUAUUCUUCAUCGCCACCGCUUUUCAGUUCUGUGACAAGCUCUUAGCACAGAAGAAGAGGAAAGCUUCAAUGAGUCAGAAGGAUUUGCAGUUGCGUAUUGAGAUCAAGAGACUGUUGAAAGAGGCAGCCGCUUUGUCACAGCCUUCAACAUUUGCUCAAGCUGCAAAACUUAGAAGAACAGCAGCAGCUAAGGAGAAAGAACUUGCAAAAAGUCAAGAGUCAUUGAACAAGGAUAUGAAAACAUCAUUUGGGUCAUAUGAGAGAAUUCUAAUGAUUUCAAAGAUUGUUGUAUAUACUUUACUUUCCAUGUGGCAUUGGCGUGUUCCUGUGGCUUCCAUAUCCAAAGAACUUGUGCAACCAUUCGGGUGGUUUUUAUCUUGGACGGCUAGAGGUUCUUUUAGUGACAAAGUUAUGAUUGGCAUUGUACCUUGGUUGAUAUUAUCUAACAAGGUUGGAAGAUAUUUUGUUAAGAAAGUAUUCAAGAUGACUUAACAAAAGAUUUUUUUUCUCACUCUCUUCAUUAAAUUAAUUUCUUUUAUUCUUUGGUGUGCUUUUUAUUUGUAGUUUUUAUAUAAACAUUCAAGUUUUUGGUCAAAUUGAU